CGCAUUGAACACAACAGAAACAAAAGAGUGAGAGAAAAGCUGUCUUGUUAUUGAAUUCAUCCUUCAUACUCAGACCUCCUAACCCUUGUUGCAUUCAUCACCAUGGACCGUUCUAACAAGCCCUCCGCCAUCGGGGUGGGUGCAUCCAUCCCCCAGCCCACCGUCAACGUCCACGACAACACAGUCCAGGCCACCCUGCCCACCGGCGAGUCGGUCACCGUCCACCUCUACGGAGCGACCGUCACAUCCUGGAAGCUUGCCAAUGGCAAGGAGCAAUUGUUCGUUAGCGAGAAGGCUCAUCUGGAUGGCUCCAAGCCCAUUCGCGGCGGAAUCCCCGUCGUCUUCCCAGUCUUCGGUCCUCCCCCUUCUAACCACGCUACAUCCUCCCUCCCCCAACACGGCUUCGCCCGGAACUCUAACUGGGAGUUCCUCGGCAAGUCCUCGUCUGAGUCGCUCGGCAAGGACCGCAAAGAGGGAGACGACGCGGUGAAGCUGGACUUCGGCCUUUCUCACCCAAUGCUGAGCGAGGAGUUUCAGAAGACCUGGCCCUACCAGUUUGGUCUAGUGUAUAGCGUCACCCUGACCAAGGAGGGCUUGGAGACGUCGCUGCAGGUGCAGAACAAGGGACAGCAGAACUUUGAGUUCCAGGUUUUGCUGCACACUUAUCUGAGCAUUGAGGACAUCUCCCAGGUCCGCGUCAAGAACCUCCAGUCUAAGGAGUAUGUCGACAAGACCCAGGGUGGAUCCACGCAGACCGAAGCCUCCGCUGCCGUUGAGAUCGACAAGGAGACAGACCGCGUGUACAAGGCGCUCGAUCCUAAGGUUCCGAUCGAGGUCACCACGGUGUCGGAUGACAAGCCCCUUUUCUCCAUUACCCGGGAGGCCCUGACGGAUGUUGUGGUGUGGAACCCCUGGGUCGAGAAGGCCAAGGGAAUGGCCGACUUCGGUCCUGAUGAGGCCUACAAGAACAUGAUUUGUGUCGAGGCCGGCUCCGUCGCUGGGUGGCAGACGCUGGAAGCCGGGGAAUCCUGGGAGGGUGGCCAGACCAUCCGCCCGAGACUAUGAUUUGCCAGAUUACCUUAGUUGAUGGAUCGAUGUACUGAUUUUAAAGCGAGCUAAGUUGUUGCACAUGGAGAUAGAGUUGAAUACGCCGUGAAUGUGUACAUGAGUUUAAGCCAC